AGGUUGCUCUUGUGGUUGGCAUAGCCCAGCAUGCAGUCUUGAGCCUGGCAUAGGCCACACCCACUCCAACUCUGGUUAUCUUCCCCAGAGGCUCAGAGAAGGCACUAGAUUGAUCCUAACAUACCUGAAUAACUUCUGUUCGACAACAAACCACCGCAGCUCCAGGGAGCCGGGGGAGUCUCAUUGUCAGCUCUGGCAGAAGCCAGUAUGGCUAUUGCUCUGCAGCCCAGUGAUCUGGUCUUCGAGUUUGCAAGCAACGGGAUGGAUGAUAUCCACCAGCUGGAAGACCCUUCAGUGUUCCCAGCCGUGAUCGUGGAACAGGUCCCCUAUCCUGAAUUAGUGCAUCUGUGCUCAGGACUAGAUCUGGAUGAGGUCCACAAUGGCAUCAUAAGGGACAGGACCUUGUGCAUGACACAGGAUCAGAUUUUAGAAGGCAGUAUUUUGCUGACAGAUGAUGAUGUAUCCACCUCAAACAACGUGUCAUCCACUGAAGUCCUAUUCAAUGUGGCAACUCCCAAUGAUGUCCUGGAUGAGAAGCAGAUCUUCAGCUCACCGGAAGUGCUUUCAGACUCCAACUCUGUUCAGGCCAUCAAUCUACCCAACUUCCUGCUCUCUACCCCUGAACCUGAUGACCUGAAGAAGACAAGUGAUGUUGGUGAGCAGAAGGAGCAUUCUGAGGAGGAGGUGGUCUCCAGAGAGGAAACUCUUAGGAAGAUGGGGAAGGCACGGAAGAGAAACCGAAAGACCAAGAACAACCGAAGUACCUCACCUGUCACUGACCCUAGUGUGCCUAUACGGAAGAAAUCCAAAGAUGGCAAAGGCAGCACCAUUUAUCUGUGGGAGUUCCUCCUGGCUCUUCUGCAAGACAGAAACACCUGCCCCAAGUACAUCAAGUGGACGCAGAGAGAGAAGGGCAUCUUCAAGUUGGUGGACUCCAAGGCUGUGUCCAAGCUGUGGGGCAAGCAGAAAAACAAACCCGACAUGAACUACGAGACCAUGGGGCGAGCCCUGAGAUAUUAUUAUCAAAGAGGAAUCCUGGCCAAAGUGGAAGGGCAGAGGCUGGUAUACCAGUUCAAGGAGAUGCCUAAGGACUUGGUGGUGAUUGACGAUGAAGAAGAGAGCCCUGAGACACCAGAAGACUCUUCCCAGGCCUCGACUUCCUCCACACCCUCGACCAGUACCAUUCGGAGAGCCAGCUCCAGGGUCGGAACCAGAGCAUCCCCCGAGGACAAGGAUAGCCCUCCCUGGGAGAAGCCAAAAGUCCAACACACUGGUCUCCAGCCAUCUGCAAGCCUGGAGUUAGGAUUGUCUGUGGAUGAGGAGGUUCCCACCACCUCCACCAUGCUUGCCAGCCCACUACAGAGCCAGGCCAGGCUCACCAAAACUGUGAGUCCUUCUUCAGCGCCCAGUAACAUCCACCUAGGAGUAGCCCCUGUGGGGUCUGGCUCCACUGUCACCCUGCAGACCAUCCCGCUGACUACGGUGCUGACCAAUGGGCCUCCUGCCAGUACUACUGCUCCAACUCAACUCGUUCUCCAGAGUGUCCCGCAGGUGUCAACAUUCAAGGACACCUUCACUUUGCAGACCUCCUUCCCCCUGAACACCAAUUUGCAAGAGAACCAGGUGGCAACCCAAGGGGCCCCACUGAUCCUCAGUGGUCUCCCCCAACUUCUGGCUGGGGCCAACCCUCAGAGCAACCCAGGACCAUCCCAGGUCAUAGGUGCUGGGUCAGCAGGGCCUAGCUCUCAGCCCCCUGGGACUGUGAUUGCUGCCUUUAUCAGGACUUCCAGUGGCACAUCAGUGCCUGUGGUUAAGGAGGGGCCCUUGAGGUCCUCUUCAUAUGUGCAGGGUGUGGUUACUGGGGCACCCGUGGAGGGGCUGUUGGUUCCUGAAGAGACCCUGAGAGAGCUCCUGAGAGAUCAGGGUCAUCUUCAGCCACUUCCGAGUCAGGUGCUCUCAAGGGGUUCCCAUAACCUGAGCCUUGUGGGGAACCAGACUCUCUCUCCCCCUAGCCACCCCACUGUUGGGCUAACCCCAGUGGCUGAGCUUGAGCUCUCGUCAGGCUCAGGGCCCCUGUUCGUAACUGAGCCUAGUGUGACCAGAUCCCCAACCCAGGCCCCUUUCUCCCCAUUCAAUCCCACUUCCCUCAUUAAGAUGGAACCCCAAGAUAUAUAAACAAAGGGAUCAAAAGUAUGACCACCGGGCAAAAUUGUGAAGCAUUUUCAUGUGGACUUAAGUAAGAGUACCCGCCCUUCUAUCUCGUGGGGUGUGAAAACAUUUGAUUCCAAGUUCCCCAGGCCUAUUUGGCAUCGCUCUGACCAAAGUGUGCCCAGCUCAAGCAUCUGGCACCAGACCAGGGCCUUCAAGAGCACUAGGGAGUAGAUGCGCUCUUGGAACGAAAAUGAGCUGACUUGGUGAUGGAGGGAAAUCCACAAGCCAGGAAGCAGCUUGUGGCCAGAGCUGGUCAGCGGCUUCACAGGAAGAGCUAGGCCUGGUCAUACUUUGUUAUCUGUAUUCCUUACACAGGGAACUUACCAUCCAAUAUGUGAAUAUCUUUGUAUGCAUUUGUGUGCACUUGUGGGUCUGUAUCUUCAUUUCUUUGGGAAGGAUAGGAUGUAGAUGUCAGGUCUUUUCUGUGUUUGUGUGUGUGUGUGUGUGUCCGUCCGUCCCUUCCUAGGUCAGCCACAGAGAUGAGGCAGUUUUAAGAGAAAGCACUCUGUAACUUCUUCUCGUUGUUGUUGGCAAACAACAAUGCCUUUCUGAGACUGGAAGGUACUGGUGGAAUGCCCCUCCUCCCAGUCUAUAGAGGUGUCACAGAGCUGGAAAAGGUCUAGGUAGGAGAACUUCAAUGGGUGCAUAUGCUGAGAGGACACUGCUAAGGGACAAGAAGCCAUGUAUGUUAAAACCAUAGUGGGAGAGAAAAGGAACACACUUAGUCCUGGGAGCACUUGCUUGUCAUAGUCACCUUGCCACCAGGCUGGAACCUGGAGUACUCUACUGAAGGUUGUGAGGCAAAGCAUUUAACUAUCUAUAGGCAGCCCCGAUUAUAAAGUCCCUAGCCAGGCCUGAGUGCAUUGAAUGGUUGUGGCCAGGGCUUUUGGCUGUUUGUAUAAAAUCAGCCCUAUGCUUGACAAUAACAGCCCUUUGUGGUCCAGUACUCUCCCUUCCCUGUCUUGGGUUCCCUCUUCACUCUGUCUGCCCUGAGAAAUCCCACCUGUCCUCAGUUGCUGAGGCUAGUGGGGUGGCAAGGUUAGCUCCAGCCAUACAGUCUCGCUCGCUCUCCCACCCUCUCCCUCUCACAGUGGCUCUGAAAGACUCCAGGACAACCAUUGCUUUUUAUUUCUGCCCAUCACACAUAACUGGAUUCUCGCUUCACUGAGAUGACAGGAGUGAGCACACAUGGGUUCCUACAGCUCCUGUCAGCCCAUGAGUCUGCUUCUCUCUUUUCUGUUUCUGGAAAGAGCUCUCCUGAUCUCUCUUAGUCUCUCAAUGGAGGGUCUCUAUCUCCCUUCCUUGAAUCUGCUUGCCUCUUUCCUACCAGGUUUAGGAACAAUGUGUGGAGAUGUCACACCCAGAACCAAGUCUAGCUAGCCUCUGGCGACUUUGGUUAAUGUGAAUCAGUGCUCCAGGACCUUCUCUAUGUCCUCUAUGCCAAAACACCCAUUUGACCUAACUACCUCCCUGGCCGGUCAUCCUUCUCCCUACUGUUUCCUCUCCUUCCCUGAGGGAAGGAACCAUCUGUGGCUCUAUGCAGGUGUGUUUGCUACAUUCCCAGCAAUUGGCGCUGAAAUGUCUGUUCUAAUAAAAUUGGCUGAUGAUGUCAAUCUCUGGAUGGAUGGAUGGAUGGAUGGAUGGAUGGAUGGAUGGAUGGAUGGGAUGGAUGGGAUGGAUGGAAGCAAGCAUCUAGAGAAAAGGUCACCAUUGUUAGUGUUGUUUGCUGUUCUUGUUGUGUUUGGGUUUUAGUUUUUUGGGGUUUUGAACUUGCUCUGUUGGUGAAGAUGACCUUGAACUUCUGGUUCUCUCGCCCCCCAUUCCCUUGUUCUCACAUGUGGAUCACCAUGUGGUUCUGUGGACCAAAGCCAGAACUCUGUGCAGGCAUGACGAGUACUCCUAGCAACUGUGCUACCUUCCAAGCUCAAUCAGUUUUUUUUUUCAAUCAGUUUUAAUGAGCACAAAGGGACUGCAUGAGUUGCAUCAGGCUGGGACCUAAUCUCUGCAUACACCAUUGUGCUUUCUGUUUUUGUGCGGGCUCCUCCUCCUCUCUGUGUGUGGGUGUUCUCCAAGGGUCUCGCUUUUGUCAUGGGCCAGUUCUUUCACAUGAGUUCAAUCUGGAACCUGCUUCUCUAUGUUCCUGGCUCUCGCUCGGCCCUAGUGAUCUGCUUCUGUUCAUGAUACCACCAUUCUGCUGACCUUCUAGACUGGAAAUCUCAGAGCUGUCUGGUAGGCUCUGUACACUUGACCCUGCCCCCUCUCCCUCAUCUCCUGUUAUCUGGCCUGUCUUCAUUCCCAGAGCCUCCAGCCUAGCCCAAGCCUCUUAACAUCCCACUUCCCAAGCGCCCUGUCCAAUGUGACUUCUCAGCACUUCUCAUCUGGCAGGCUACUUGCUCUGGCCUUUCUCUGCUAAAAAGCCUUCAGUGAGUCCUGGCCUGCAGACUAGGCCAAUCCUUAAACUGCUGAUCCCCACCCACUCAGGAUUUUCUAGAUGGUCUAGGCCUAGCUUUAGUUCCCGAAUCGUGACAGGGCCCAAGGAGUUGGGGAGCACUUGGAGUAAAUCUUGAAAGAUUUGAAGUUUGAUAACAGCCCCACCAGGGAAAAGAGCUCUAAGUCGGUGGCAUUUCACUAGUGGGUCCUCUCUGAUAUUCCCCACCCACCCCAUGCCAAGGUACUCUGUGAGGAGUCCAUGGUCUUUGAACUUGUUCCCACUUAAUGCCUUUUCUUUCCUGGGUUCCAUCUAACCAAUAUGCUCUAUCCUCUUACUAACAAUGGAAAACUGUGUCUCAAGAUGGAAUUGAGUGCUAACAGCCAGUUCCUACCUUUAAUUCUUAAACUUGUAACUGCCACUUGAUGGACAGGUGAUUAGAAACAGCCUGUGACAUCUCUGUUGUAAUCACAAACUGUUACUUAGACUGUAAGUUUAGAUCUUGUACCUUUCAUCUCCCGUGUGUGUUACCUCCUGAGGGGUAGGCACCACCGUGUCACCCACAACACUGGGCAUACUAUAACGCAGAUGAGCAUCCCUGACUAGUUACUGUUUGAUCUGAUGAGAGCUGGGAAGCAAACUUUGAGGUAGCUGACCGCCGUCCUCCCCUCUUGCUUAGGCAGUUACUCCAGGUGCUUCACUGCCCAGUGCCGCCCCCCCCCCAGGACCACCUCACCCUCUAUCUUAACAUCAAAGAUUUGUAUUACUUUCAACAUCCCUCUGAUCCUAAAGACAACUUCUUGUUCAAUUUUUUCCUUACCCAGAGUGUUAAACUAGCUAACCGGUUAACUAACCCUUGCUGACAAGCGUUCUGCAAGAGGCUUACAGGAGAACCUCAGGAGACAGAUUUCCUUGAACCAGAGUCAGGUGGCAGCAAUCCCCCUGCUUUUGUGAUGGCCUGCCUAAUGGAGUCAGGAGUCAAGUGAUGGUCCUCAUGUCCCAGCGGCUGAUAUGUGAUUCCCUCCUCCUGGCUCCCACAGCACUUUGUAUAUACCUCUUAUUGUAGCACAUUGUAUGUAGUUCUUUGAUUGUGUUCAUGUACGGUUUCCCUCCAACAGACUGUGAGCUCCUCCAGAGCAGGAGCUGUGUGCUAGUCAGUGAUGUAUCCCCAGCACCUAGCCACAGUGCCUGAUACACAGUAGGUGCUCAAUAAAUGUUUAUUGAAAGACUGAA